GCCAAAAUCAAAGAAUUCACUCGAGUUUUGCUUUCAGACCUCACCAACGGACACUCUCCGCUUAUUCAUAUUAAUCGCUUUAGAAAUUACUGCACCCUUCCAGACACCAACUGGUUCCCUUUUGCGGCUCCGAUUUGCCGUGCGGAAAGGAAGUUGUCACACUCCGCAGGGAAUCUCACGUCCACCGAUUAGAUGUUAUGUUGAGAGUGCUGCUGAUUGUUCAGAAACUUCUGCAAGAGAAUAAGCAUAGUUCUAAGAGAGACAUUUAUUACAUGCAUCCAUCUGUGUUUUCCGAUCAGUUAGUGGUGGACAAUGCAAUUAAUGAUAUAUGUGUUCUUAUGCAGUGCAGUCGUCAUAACCUUAAUGUGGUAGACUUCUUGCUCUUUAUCGUCGUGUGCUGUUUUUCUUUCCCUUUUGCUCUCUCAAUUUGGUGGAUUUUGGUUUCUGCAGGGAAUGGGUUAGUUAUGGGCUGGAUAAGAUUCUUUGAAGGAGAAAGAUUCUUUGACUGCAUCAGUUCUCCCAACACCGCCCACCCUGUUCCUGUUCAUGUUGAGGAAGUUAAAGAUAUCGUUAGUUUUGCUCAUUACAUAUUAGUUGUUGAGAAGGAAUCAGUUUUCCAAAGAUUAGCAAACGAUAAAUUCUGUAAUGCAAAUCAUUGCAUUGUAAUCACUGUAAGCAUUUUUCUAAAGACUUUAGCUUCUUUUACAACAUUUCUUUGUUUGAAUUCAUUCUUGGUACAGGGAAGAGGCUACCCAGACAUUCCUACAAGAAGGUUUUUGCGGCUUCUGGUUGAGAAUUUGCACCUGCCUGCUUAUUGCUUGGUAGAUUGUGAUCCCUAUGGCUUUGACAUCUUAACCACUUACAGAUUUGGUUCAAUGGUUAGUAUUUGCAAGUUUCUCAAUUCAGGAAUUCUUCAACAUCACAUGGCUUAUGACACGACACAUCUUCGUGUCCCAGAGAUUCACUGGCUUGGAGCCUUUCCUUCGGAUUUUGAGAGAUAUUCUGUUCCAAAGCAGUGUCUCCUUCCUCUGACUGCUGAAGACGAGAGAAAAAUUGAAGCCAUGUUGCACAGAUGCUACCUGCAAAGGGAGGUGCCACAAUGGAGGCUGGAGCUAAAGCUGAUGCUACAGAAUGGAGUAAAGUUUGAGAUUGAAGCGUUAUCUGUGCGAACACUUUCAUUCUUGUCGGAGUUUUACAUUCCGUCUAAAGUUCAAGGUAAAAUGAAAAUCUAGCAAGUGUUUCGGAGUUUUACACACUUUCGUUUAUGUGUCUGGCACUCUAUAUAUGCAAUUGGGUUUGGGGACAUUUAGUGCAUACCAUGUAUUAAAGCUUUUUGGAAGAUUAAGGUGAAGUCCACUGUUUGGACGGCAGAAUUCAAGCCAAUAAUUUGUUUGCAGACUCGAAUAUAACACACAAGGGUAUUUCUACUGUGUCAAUGUAUUUCGGAGUUGAUCUCCUCCUGCCCAGUAAGUU